CCCUCGAAUCCCCCAGGGAGCCCGGCCUGCUUCCCGUUCCCGGUGCCCCCCGCGGCAUCUCAGCGGGGCCGGCUGCACCUCCGACUCACCCUCGACGAGGCGCCCGACUACUUGGGUAACUCGAGCGAGUGGAUCACCAUCAAGGAAUACCCCGACCUCGUCUUCGUCCAGACCGAUAAGCCGCUUUACCUUCCCGGGCAGACCGUCCGGUUCCGGAUCCUGGUCCUCGACGCCUCCCUCAAACCCCUCGAAAACACGGUGAGGGAAGUGUGGGUGGAAAAUCCAUCGGGAAUCCGGAUCGCCCAGUGGAUGGAGCCAUCUUCCACGACCGGUUUCGUUCAACUUCAGUUCCAGCUUUCCCAGGAACCACCUUUGGGAACGUGGAAGAUCAGGGUGGACGCGAGGGGCAAGAGCCGCGAGGAGGAGAAGCAAUUCGAGGUCGCGGAGUACAUCCUCCCCAAGUACUCGGUGGCCAUCCACCCGCCGAAGGUCCUCCUCGGGGAUGCAUCCACCCUGGACCUCGACAUCUGCGCCAGGUAUACCCACGGCGGAGCAGUGGAGGGCGAACUGACCCUUCGAGUGGAGCCAAAGAUCUCCAUCUUGGAGACCCUGAGAGACGAUUACCCCGGCCUGGUGAAGGAGUUCAACCUGGACUUGGACAGAUACACGCCCAUUAAGGGCUGCCACAAGGCCAGCAUCCCGGCGGGGUCCCUGGGCAUGGACGACCGGGAGCUGAAUCCCUCGUCCGUCAACGUCACGGCCACCGUGGCGGAAGAGGGGACCGGAGUCCGGUUCACGGAAUCCGUGAUCCUGGAGGUGGAACGGAAUCCCCUGGAAUUCGACUUUCACUUCACCCCGACCCAUUUCAAGCCUGGUUUCGUCUACAACGGCCGGGGUUUCAAGGGAAAUGGGAGGCCAAAGGUGGCGCGGUCCAGCGGUUCUGUGCCCACGUGA